CGAUGCGACCACUCGCUCUGGCUUCCCCGAGAAGUUCACACGUCCGAGAAACCAGCUCGCCCCUCCGUGGAAUCCUCGACGGGACCCACGCACACUUCUACCCGGAGGUCUGACGACAACGCCAUUUGUUCAGUAACUCCCAUCGGAUAUAUAAGCCCGACAGAACCAGCGCGCGGCACUUCGCCUCAGAUCCGGAGUGCUCGCCUCGCGACGGAAUUACGCUCCAUACACGUUAUCUUCCAACACGGCCACGGACACUUGCUGAAUGAAACUUUCCACCGUUUGGCAGCCCCCUCUGGUCACAGUGUCCGCUUCGAACGAGCGCGUGGCCCGCCGCUGUGCACCGCUGGUUGGCACGCGCAUAGACAUGUUGUCGGCUCGCGUCAACUUCCACGUCGGGAGGGUAGCAGCGAUGUCCGGGGUCGCUCGUUUUGGGAAGUGAUUACUGGCUGCAUCGACGGUCGAAUUAUGGUCAGAAGAUGCCUUGUGACGUUCAAACCGUUCAGGAUAUUCGUGGUGGGAAUUGGCUUCUUCAGCCUGUGCUUUCUAAUGACCUCUCUGGGGGGGCAGUUCUCAGCCAAGAGACUCGGGGACUCCCCAUUCACCAUCCGCACAGAAGUGCUGGGAGGCGUGGAGUCCCGUGGCGUCCUGAGGAAGAUCAGUGACAUGCUGGAGGUGAUUCUAAAGAGGAUGGACAGCCUGUCCAAGCUGGACAACAGCAGCAGCAACACCGCCGACGCCCGGCGCCUGGAUGAGCUCAGCUCCGCCAUCAACAGGUUUCAACCCGCCGGCUUGGUGGAAAGGAUCCAAGCUAUCGCUCAGAACGUCUCCAACAUGGCUAACAGGGUGGAGCAGAUCCUGCAAAACAGCAUGUUGCAGGGAAGAGCAGUGAGAGAUGGGACGUCCAGCCAGUGUGAAGUACCCAGAGACCCCCGCUUUCCCGAGUGCCCGGGGAAAGUAGAUUGGAUGCGUGCACGUUGGACUUCCGACCCCUGCUACGCCUUCUACGGUGUCGACGGCUCAGACUGCUCCUUCCUCGUCUACCUCAGCGAGGUGGAGUGGUUCUGUCCCCCGCUGGCCUGGAGGAAUCAAAGCAGCCCGCCCACCCAGUAUGUUCUGCAGCCAAAGGCCCCCAAAAGACAGGCCGCCUUCCGCACGGACCUGUCUGUACUGCUGGACCAGGUCGGGGCCGGGAAGGAGUCCCUCAGCUUCAUGAAGCGCAGGAUCCGCCGCCUCGCGCAGCAGUGGGCGAUGGCCGCCAACCGCCUGGAUGCAACGCUGGAGCAACGUUGGAGGGACCAGAAGAAGAUCCUGGUCCACGUAGGCUUCCUAACCGAGGAGUCUGGAGAUGUUUUCAGCCCCAAAGUGCUGAAGGGGGGUCCUCUAGGAGAGAUGGUCCAGUGGGCCGACAUCCUCACCGCGCUCCACGUUUUGGGACACAACCUCAAGAUCUCCAUGUCCGUCAAGGAGCUGCAAGGGUUCCUCGGUGUGCCCCCAGGCAGAGGCAGCUGCCCACUGACCGGCCCACUGCCCUUUGACCUCAUCUACACCGACUACCACGGCAUGCAGCAGAUGAAGCAGCACAUGGGGCUCUCGCUCAAGAAACACAAAUGUCACAUUCGAGUGAUUGACACAUUUGGGACGGAGCCAGCUUACAAUCACGAGGAGUACGCAACUCUGCACGGCUACCGGACCAACUGGGGCUACUGGAACCUCAACGCCAGGCAGUACAUGACCAUGUUCCCUCACACGCCAGACAACUCCUUCAUGGGCUUUGUUUCGGAGGAGCUGAAUGAGACUGAGAAGAGGAGCAUCCAGCAGAACAAAGUCAACAACAUGGCUGUGGUGUACGGGAAGGAGGCCAGCAUGUGGAAGCUUCAGGGUAAGGAAGGUUUCCUGCAGAUUCUCCACAGGUACAUGGAGGUCCACGGCACGGUGUACUAUGAGACCCAGAGGCCUCCGGAGGUCCCGGCCUUCGUGAAGAACCACGGCCUGCUGCCCCAGCAUGAGCUGCAGCAACUGUUGCGCAAGGCCAAGCUCUUCAUUGGCUUCGGUUUCCCCUACGAAGGCCCUGCCCCUCUGGAAGCAAUAGCCAAUGGCUGCAUCUUCCUGCAACCCAAGUUUCACCCGCCUCACAGCUCACUCAAUCAUGAGUUCUUCAGGGGCAAGCCCACAUCUAGAGAGGUGUCCUCCCAGCACCCGUAUGCAGAGCAGUACAUCGGCAAUCCUCACGUCAUGACGGUGGACUACAACAACUCCCUGGAGUUCGACUCUGCCAUCAGGGAGAUCAUGAGGACCAAGGUUGAGCCAUAUCUGCCUUACGAGUACACCUGUGAGGGGAUGCUGGAGAGAGUUCAUGCCUACAUACAGAAUCAGGACUUCUGUGCGCUCGAGCCCCCCUUCGUUCCAGCCAACUUCUCCAGACAGCUGUCCGCUGGUGGCAGCAGGAUUACAGGUUCCAUGUUUGUGCCCCGGGCCAAUUCCACAGCCCUUGGCUGGGCGUCCAACGUGACGGCGCCCGCCGCCUGGCCUCCUCUCAGCUCCCUCAGACUGCUCAUAUCUCAAGAGGGCCAGUCCUGUGUCGAGGCGUGCCAUUCAGAGGGUUUCAUCUGCGAGCCCGCUCACUUCCGCUUCAUCAACAACAAGGAGGCCCUGCGAGGGUUGAAGGUGCAGUGCGAGGUGGUCGACUCCGAGGUCAACCACAUCCUUCCAGCCUUCUCGGAGGUACGGCGGGAGUGUGGCCUCCAGCAGGAACCCCUCCUCUUCAGCUGUGCGGGACACUCCCCCAAAUACAGACGCCUUUGCCCGUGCAGAGACUUCCGUCGUGGCCAGGUGGCUUUGUGCAGAGACUGUCUAUAAUGAGGGGACGGGCGAAGGACACACACUAAAGAAUUAGAUACUGAUUGGCGUCAAGGUUUGAGGUGGAGACGUGUGCGGAGCUGUGAUGAAUGAUGAUGAUGAUGAUGAGAGGCUGCUAACCCCCCCUCCCGCCGUGAAACAGUAAAUGUAGAAUAGUGGGGAACAGGCAUGCAUGGAUUAAAAGAGCUAAAAGCAGGUUGGAAUGGUCGGCAGGUUAUAAAUGAGGACUGUGGUUGUUAUAACAGCUUUCUGUAACUUACCAGAGUUUUAAAAAAUAGGAGUAAGACUUUAAUGAUAAGAGGAAGAAACUGGGUUACCAUUGCCAACAAACCUUCAACUGUAGAAUCACCCUUGUUACAAGAGGUUUUCCAUCUUUUGGAGCUGUGUUACACCAAACAAUAAGAUGUUUAAGUUGGAAAAUAUGUACUUGAAGAAGCAUGUGACUGCAGCGAACAGCAUUGGGACUAUUGUGUAAUUCCAUGACAAAGUCUUCAAAUAAGUUGGCGGCUUGAAGAAGGCAACCUUGGGUCAAUAUCCAAUCUCCUCUCUGCACUUGGACAAAGGAUGAUGGACAACCAGGUUAUCUCCCUCGCUCUUACUCUCGUCCUCCAAUGAUGGACAGAGUAAUUUAUCAGACCGAAGCAAAAGUCUGAGGCGGCGUCGGUCAAUGCAAUCAUCGCUGGUCACAAAAAGGAAAGGAGGAGAAGCGGGAGGACAGAGCACAAAAAUAAGGGGUUCCAAGAUUAUUUUUCAUAAAAUAUUCUUUAGAGCUCUCGACUGGAUUUUUAGAGACUCCCCCGGGCUUUAUUAUGGAAAAAAAAAAUGAAAUGAAAAUUAAAAAAAUCUGAACAGA